AUAGUAGACCAAAAAAUCCAGGAUCUUCUGAAAAAAGAUUGAAAUCUGAAAAAUCAAGAGAUGGUAAAAUACAAGAUUAUUGGGGUGGUUCUAGUUCAUCAUCACAAACCAGUAAAAAUACUUCUUCGCAACCUGAACCAUCAGACGAUCAAGGGCGACAUUCUUCUUCAAAAGUCGCAUCAUCUAAAAAAAGUAAAUAUUUCAUUAAUCCAAAUGAUUGCAUAAUUAAGGAUAGAUAUUCCAAAAGAGCCAGAACUAUAAAAAACUACAAUGAGGAUGAGUUAGAUAAACAGCUUGGCCUUGAAGCGGAUUAUAACGACGAAGAGGGUGAUGAUUCUCAAUUUUAUGAAAACCCACAACCGGAAGAAGAGGAGCAUAAUAUUGAGAGUGUACAUGACAUUAAAAGAAUAGAAGGAGGGGAUGGUUCCAAGAAUUCAGAUGACCCUAAAACAAACAUGGUAUUUCUAAUAAAAUGGAAAGGAUGGAGCCAUCUGCAUAAUACUUGGGAAACUUUUGAAAACUGCCAUGGUUUAAAAGGCUUCAAAAAAUUGGAAAACUAUGUCAAAAAUUAUUUGUCCGAACAAUAUUUGUUGAAUGAAAGUCCUGAAGACAAGGAAAAUAUUGAUGUUAAUGUGGAAAUGUCUAGAGAAAUGUUAAAGGAUUACAAGACAGUCGAAAGAAUUAUAUCUAAAAGAGUUACACCUCGUAUUGAAGAUAAUCGUCCUGGAGUUGAAUAUUUAUGCAAAUUCAAACGUUUGCCAUAUCAGGAUUGUACUUGGGAACCAGUUAACCUCAUUCAAAACGAAUUUCGAUCUGAAAUUGUCGCAUAUAAUCAUCGUAACGCCAACCAACGUAUCCCUCAUAAAAGCAGCCUUUUGUCAAAACAUAGGCCAAACUUUAAACCAAUGACACAACAACCUUCUUACUUGAGUGGUGGCGAAUUAAGAGAUUUUCAACUUACUGGUCUAAACUGGCUUGCUCAUUUAUGGGCUCGUAAUGAAAAUGGUAUUCUGGCUGAUGAAAUGGGUUUAGGUAAAACAGUCCAAGCAAUCUCCUUCUUAUCUUAUCUGUAUCAUUCUUUGCAUCAGUAUGGUCCUUAUUUGAUAGUGGUUCCACUAUCAACAAUUGGCUCUUGGCAAAAUGAAUUUCAAAUUUGGGCACCUGAUCUUAAUGUCAUCUAUUAUACUGGACCUUCUCAAAGUCGUGAAGUAAUAAGAGAACAUGAAUUUUUUGUUCCAUAUUCAUCAUCAAAAAAAUUAAAAUUCAAUGCCUUGGUGACAACUUAUGAAUUCAUUCUUAAGGAUCGUAAAGAACUAGGAAAUAUUAAAUGGCAAUAUUUGGCAGUUGAUGAAGCGCAUCGAUUGAAAAACAGCGAAUCACAACUCCAUGAAGUAUUGUCUACUUUUCAUACAUCUAAUCGACUUUUAAUAACAGGCACACCAUUACAGAAUUCAGUUAAAGAAUUAUGUGCAUUGGUUAAUUUUCUUAUGCCUAAUUUUUUAAUCGCUUCUGAUAUUGACAUUGAUGCACCUGAUGAGGAACAGGAAAUAAAAAUUCGUGAACUUCAUAAAAGUCUUGAACCCCAUAUGCUUAGGCGACUAAAGAAAGAUGUAGAAAAAUCACUUCCACAAAAGACUGAAAGAAUACUUAGAGUUGGUCUCUCACCAUUACAAACGCAUUAUUAUAAAAAUAUUCUUACCAAAAAUUUUAAUGUACUUAAUGAAGGUGUUACUGGCUCUUCACAAAUGAGUUUAUUGAAUAUUGCUAUUGAAUUGAAAAAAGCUAGUAAUCAUCCAUUCUUAUUUCCUAAUGCUGAAUCUCCAACCAAUACUAGAGAAGAUCAACUACGAGGUUUAAUCAUGAGUAGUGGGAAAAUGGUGUUACUAGACAAAUUGCUCACCAGAUUAAAGGAAUCUAAUCAUCGUGUUCUUAUAUUUUCUCAAAUGGUCCGUUUGUUAGACAUCUUGACAGAUUAUUUGAGGUUACGUGGAUAUCAACAUCAACGUUUAGAUGGCGGCGUUCCUUCUGAAGCUCGCAAAAAAGCAAUUGAACAUUUUAAUGCAACAGAUUCGGCGGAUUUUGUCUUUCUUUUAUCAACUAGAGCUGGAGGAUUAGGUAUUAAUCUCAAUACAGCCGAUACAGUAAUCAUAUUUGACUCAGAUUGGAACCCACAGAAUGAUCUCCAAGCAAUGGCAAGAGCACAUCGAAUUGGUCAAAAAAAUCAUGUAAAUGUUUAUCGAUUUGUGACAAAAGAUACUAUGGAAGAAAGCAUCCUUGAACGUGCAAAACGUAAGAUGGUUUUGGAGUAUUGUAUUAUCAAACAAAUGGAUACGUCUGGUAAAAGCAUUUUGCAGAGAAAUACCAAGACUGCCACCAAAGCAUCAGACAAUUUUAGUCGUGAAGAAUUAUCGGCAAUAUUAAAAUUUGGUGCUCAAAAUAUGUUCAAAGAAAGUGAUAACACCAAAAAGCUUGAUGAUAUAGAUCUUGAUGACAUACUUGCGCGUGCUGAAACUCAUGACACUAUUGGGGAUCAGGGUAGUAGUAGCUUUGGUGGCGAAGAGUUCCUAAAACAAUUUCAAGUUGCAGAUUUUGGUGGUGGUGAUUUAAGCUGGGAUGAAAUAAUUCCAAAAGACGAAAUAUAUAAACUUUCAUUAAAUACAAGCGCAAGUUCAAGUUUUGUUUCUGAUGAUUACCUUGGUUCAGAAUGUAGCGAUAAACAUCCAAAAACAACUAAAAAAACUAAUAACAAAAAAGGUGCAAAUGAUGCAGAAAAAUCAAGAUCACAAUCAGAUGUUGAUGAAUCUGACAGUAACCAAUCUUCCAUAAAACGUGUCUCGUCCAGUUCAGGCAAGGAGUUAAGUCUAAAAGAAAUUAGAGCACUAAUUAGAGCAGUAAUGAAAUUUGGUGAUAUAAAUCAACGUUAUGAUGACAUAGUUGCAGAUGCCAAAUUGACAGGAAAAGGUAAAGAAAAUUUGAUAAGGAUAUAUAACGAGCUAUUUGAUACUUGUGAAUCUGCAAUAAGAUCUCACGAAGAUUUGAAUGACUCGCAUUCAAACUCUCGUGGAAGAGCGAUCAUGACUUCUUAUCGAGGAAUUGAGAAAAUUAAUGCUGGUUCGUUUAUACAAAGAAUUAUUGACCUCAGAGCAGUUAACAGUCUUGAAGCAAUAAGUGACCCAUCACGCUUUACAAUCAGUUUUUCCCCAAAGCCUGUAGGUAGUUGGUUCACAGAAUGGGGUCAAGAGGAAGAUUCCUUAAUUAUCUCAGGCAUAUAUAAACAUGGAUACGGAAACUGGCAAACUAUUCGUGAAGAUCCAGAUUUGGGACUUCAAGAAAAACUUUCUGUUGAUAAGGAUGAUGCCACUCUACGAGCCUCCAAUAUAGCAAAGGUAGCUCGUAGAACAGAAUAUUUAUUGAAAGUGAUCAGAGAGUGGGUUGAAGAAAAUCAACAAAAGGCCCAAAAUGAUGCAAACGAUGAAGAAGUGAAAAUAAACCUUGUAUGCAAAGAGUUGCUGCGCUCAGUCAAAGAUAGUCUCCAAUGGCUAAAAAAAUCAAUAAAACAUGAGGGAAAAGAAAAGGCCAGAUUGAUUAAAGAACACAUGAAAAUAAUCGGAUCUAAAAUUGAUGAGAUACUUUCUACAAAGUCUGUUGAGGAACGAGAUGAGUGGAAACAUAAUCUAUGGAGAUUCGUUACUUAUUUUUGGCCACGAGAAGUUGAUGCUGAUCAAUUGAUUGUUUUACGAGAUAAACUCAUUGCUGCUGAAUCAGAAAAGUCAUAA